GUUCGGCUCCGACAGUCAGGGUAAGUCAUGGUGCUGAAGAUGAACAGGCUCCCCAGUAACCGGGGCAACACGCUACGGGAGGUGCAGCUGAUGAACCGGCUCCGGCACCCUAACAUCCUAAGGUUUAUGGGUGUCUGUGUGCACCAGGGGCAGCUGCACGCUCUUACAGAGUAUAUGAAUGGGGGGACCCUGGAACAACUGCUCAGCUCCCCCGAACCCCUAUCCUGGCCUGUCCGGCUCCACCUGGCUCUGGACAUUGCUCGAGGCCUGCGGUACCUACAUGCCAAAGGUGUAUUCCACCGAGACCUCACAUCCAAGAACUGUCUGGUCCGACGGGAAGACCAAGGCUUCACAGCUGUCGUGGGUGACUUCGGGCUGGCUGAAAAGAUUCCUGUGUAUAGGGAAGGGGCAAGGAAGGAGCCAUUGGCUGUGGUGGGUUCCCCAUACUGGAUGGCUCCGGAAGUGUUGCGGGGUGAGCUGUAUGAUGAGAAGGCUGAUGUCUUUGCCUUUGGGAUUGUCCUCUGUGAGCUCAUCGCCCGAGUACCUGCGGACCCUGACUACCUACCCCGUACAGAGGACUUUGGCCUGGAUGUGCCUGCUUUCCGAACCCUGGUAGGGGAUGACUGCCCACUGCCUUUCCUGCUCCUGGCCAUCCACUGCUGCAGCAUGGAACCCAGUGCCCGUGCCCCCUUCACCGAAAUCACCCAGCACCUGGAAUGGAUCCUGGAGCAGCUGCCUGAACUAGCCCCUCUCACCAGGACUUCCCUGACCCACAAUCAGGGGUCUGUUCCAAGAGGGGGUCCCUCUGCCACACUUCCCAGGCCAGACCCCCGGCUCUCCCGAAGCCGGUCAGACCUCUUCCUGCCCCCAUCACCAGAAUCACCCCCCAACUGGGGGGACAAUCUGACUCGAGUCAACCCCUUCUCACUACGGGAAGACCUCAGGGGUGGCAAGAUCAAGCUUCUGGACACACCCAGCAAGCCAGUCAUCCCCCUGCCCCUUGUAGCACCAUCACCACUGCCCUCUACCCAGCUGCCCUUGGUGACUACUCCAGAGACACUGGUCCAGCCUGGGACACCUGCCCGCCGCUGUCGCUCACUACCCUCGUCCCCUGAGCUCCCCCGACGUAUGGAAACAGCACUGCCAGGUCCUGGCCCUCCACCUGUGGGGCCCUCGGCUGAAGAGAAGAUGGAGUGUGAGGGCAGCAGCCCUGAGCCAGAACCCCCAGGACCGUCUCCCCGGCUGCCCCUGGCUGUGGCCACAGACAACUUCAUCAGCACUUGUUCCUCAGCCUCCCAACCCUGGUCCCCUAGAUCAGGACCUCCCCUCAACAACAACCCCCCAGCUGUGGUGGUAAACUCCCCACAAGGCUGGGCUGGGGAGCCCUGGAACCGGGCCCAACAUAGCCUACCCCGGGCGGCAGCCCUGGAACGGACAGAACCCUCGCCACCCCCUUCUGUUCCUCGGGAGCCCGAUGAGGGGCUGCCCUGUCCCGGCUGCUGCCUGGGCCCCUUCAGCUUCGGUUUUCUGUCCAUGUGCCCCCGCCCCACACCAGCUGUUGCCCGCUACCGCAACCUGAACUGUGAGGCGGGCAGUCUCCUCUGCCACCGAGGGCACCAUGCCAAGCCACCCACGCCCAGCCUGCAGCUGCCUGGGGCACGCUCUUAGCAGUGGGGCCUGAAACUCUGGCCUUCAGGACACCCCAUGAGGACAGAGCGCACUUGCUGGACAGUGCCAGCCCCAGAUGGGCUGACUGACUUCUCUCCCCAACUUUUCUCCCCGUAUAUGGGAGCCUCAGCGUGGACUCGAGAGACAGAGCACUUCCUGUCCAACCCCUGGGCUCGCUCUUCUGUGGGGAUCACUGAACCAGACACAGCAUUGCUGACACACAAGACUAACACGUGCAAAUUAUUUAAAAAUAUUUCAAUAAAACUGCCUGGCUGGC